AUGGUUUCCGCUGAUGUCGGCUCUAGCGAGGAGUUGGACAUUGUAGAUGAGAACUUGCUUCGAGACAAGGAUUCCCGAGCUGCUGGAUUCGUUGGCAAAAGCUCGGAGAUGCAAUGGAUUCGACGCUUGAGACAAGACGCAGAGCAUCAUAGAGCCAUCCCCUUGAGAGGGUCCGGUCCCUAUGGGCCUCCUGGCACUGAUACAGAAUCUUCGUCACGUCGCCUUGAAGCCCUACGACAGCGCCAACGCUCAAAUUCGAAUACUCGCGUACCACUUAGUUCCUCGACCUUCUAUGUAGACGACCAGGGCUUAGAAGUCGACUAUACCGUGCACCCUUUCGAGUUGCCACCGAUGCAUGUCGCUCAAGGUCUGAUCAAAGGCUAUAUGGACACCGUGCAGGAUUCUUUCCCAAUACUAUCGAGGAGCAGUUUCAUGGAAACCGUCCACGAGCUAUACGCUUCCGUGGAGCAUGGUGCAUUCCAUUCCGUACCGGACAAAUGGUUGGCAGUGCUGAACCUAGUGUUUGCAAUCGGAGCGCAGUAUUCGUAUCUGGUGGAAGAAUCCUGGCACAUACGUGGCUUCAAUCAUCUCACCUACGUUUCUCGCGCGCACAUCUUAGGCCUGAGCACGCCCGAUUUGGUCUCACAUCCGGACCUUAUGCAAGUACAGAUUACGGCACUACUUGCUCUCUACUUCCUAACGACGGGUCGCGCCAACAGAGCGUGGGUCUACAUCGGCAUCUCUGUCCGAUAUGCUCAUGCGCUAGGGCUACACGUUCGUAACGAAGAUCGAGGCACCACAGUAUCACAGAAAGAGAAUUUGGUAAGGAUCUGGUGGGGUCUCUACACUCUUGAAGGAAAUCUAAGCACCACUGUGGGCCGUCCAAGUUUCGUGAUCGAGGACUUUUGCUCCGCGCCUUUGCCGCUACCAUUGGCUAUGGAACGCAUGUCUGAUGAGACAUUGGUCUCCUCGAUGUAUGCACAAUAUCAAGGGUGCACUAUUCACCAAUCACCUACGGUAGCUACUUCGGAGCCUUCAAAUGCAGGCUCUUACUUGAAGAGCAGAGCCCGGAUGGGCGCGAUCACGCAACAAGUCGUGACAGGCUUGUACUCUGCCAGAGCAAUUGAAAUGUCGUGGAAACAAAUGCAGCAGAAGAUUUCCGGUCUACACGAACAGCUCGAAACGUGGCUCGCCUCACUCCCAUCCGGCCUUGAUUUCACACAACCGACCGCAUACACUACUUUUCAACGCGAGCGCCUAGUUCUCAAUGUGCAUUACAUCGAAACGAAAAUUCUGAUCACUCGUCCUUGCAUGUGCAGACUGGACGACCGUAUUAAGAACCAGACAGAGGCUUCCGACAGAUUCAACAAGGACACAGCCAAGAUCUGCGUCCGCGCAGCAGAGGCGAUGGCGGACCUUUUACCAGCCAGUGUUGACGUGACAUACCUUUAUCGAACCGGUCCCUGCUAUAAUUAUUGCUGCUACCCACUGUCCGCUCUCACGCACUUCUUGCCUCCCUGCAGCAGUAUCGGUGAUGCUACAACGUACGAAAACAGCAGUAAGUUCAUCACCGCAGUUCAUGUCUUUCGGCUGUAG